AUCAGUACGGUGAGGAAGGCGGAUCCUCUGACGUCGCCGUGAAGCUGCUCGGCUGCGUCAGAGUCCAGCUGAGCGAAGGGAGAAGGAAACAAGGAAUAAAAAGGAAAGCGGGUCUGAAGGGCUGGGGAGAGCGGACGGACAGUGUCAGGGAGACAGACCUGUGUCGUGCACACCGCGGACGGACAGACGGACAGACAUGGAGGGCUCCACGGAGGAAGACUACAAAGAGAAAUUAUUAUGGAACGUUAAACGCGAGGUGAAGCAGAUUAUGGAGGAAGCAGUGACUAAGAAAUUUGUCCACGAAGACAGCAGCCACAUCAUUGCUCUGUGCACUGCUAUCGAGGCCUGCCUGAGUCACCUGCUGAAGAGACGGGCAGCUGGUUUUCUCCGCAGCGACAAGAUCGCUGCCCUCUUCACCAAAGUCGGCAAAGUCUACGAUACUGCUGGCGAGGUUUGCCGUAAGGUGCAAGAGCAACUCCAGCAGCAGGCCGAUCUCACCAGGAGAAGCCAGAGUGUGGGCCAUGAACCUCUGAGGAGACAGGGCUCCUCCACAACCAGCCGCCCCCCUCAGCCUCUCUCUGCCCAGGCCAUCAAACACAUCUGGGUCCGAACGGCUCUCUUCGAGAAAGUUCUGGACAAGAUAGUUCAGUACAUUGUGGACAACUCCAGUAAAUACUAUGAGAGGGAAGCUCUGAUGCAUGACUUAGUCUUCGGGCCCAUCUUGGCAGUCCUACUGGUUGGGCCCUGUGCUCUGGAAUACACCAAACUGAAGACGUCAGAUCAUUUCUGGACUGACCCUUCAGCCAACGAGCUAGUUCAGCGCCACCGUAUCCACGGGGCCCACCGGGGCCAGGACACAUCGGCCGGCCGCCGGCCUGCUCUGGGGAUCCGCAAGAGGCAGUCCAGUGGCAGCAUGUCAGAUGACAGGUUUGCUGCAUCAGCAAGGGAGUAUGUGGAGUCUCUUCACCAAAACUCCAGAACACACCUUCUCUACGGCAAAAACAACGUCCUGGUGCAACCGAAGAAGGACAUGGAGGUGUUGCGGGGCUACUUCUCACUCCACCAGGCUGGCGAUAACCUCACCCUCAAGUGGACACCCAACAAGCUCAUCAACGGCACGCUGGGAGACUGUGACCUGGAGAAGAGUAUCUACUGGGACUAUGCACUGACUGUCCCGCUGCGCCAGAUAGUCUGUAUCCACUGUCACCAACGCCCUGAUUGUGGUGGUACACUGGUUCUGGUUAGUCAGGAUGGAAUCCAGCGGCCGCCUCUCCACUUCCCCCCUGGUGGUCACCUCCUGGCCUUCCUCGCCUGUCUGGAAACAGGCCUUUUACCGCGGGGUCAGCUGGAGCCCCCCCUCUGGUCCCAGAAAGGCAAGGGAAAAGUGUUCCCUAAACUGAAGAAGAGGAGCAGUACUGCCAGGCUCAUCGACCAGGACAGGAACGGUGAGGAGCCUACAGCUGCUGACUACGUGUUUCGCAUCGUCUACCCUGGAUACAGCUACGACGCCACAGUCACUAUAAACUACCACCACACCACGGGCAGCCGCGCUCCGUCGCUGGACGACGACGAGGAAGAGGAAGAUAGGCUCCAUGCUAUGAUCUCAAUGAUCUGCUCGCGGAACCUCACAGACCCUAAUGUCAUGAAAGACCACGGGGAGAUGAUGGAGAUGCAGGGUUUCGGAGGCAGCCCGUCGUCGUGGCAACAGGCCGGAGUACCCACUCUGGAAUCGCAGUGCCAGUCUUGCUCCACAGCUGGCAGCAACGUGUCGUUCGACUACCCGGCCGGCUGUACCUGCAUACACGACCCACUAGACAUUCACACUAUUCCUCUUAAGAUGCUCUGCCAGAACAUGAAGAGGCAAAUAGUCUCCAGAGCCUUUUAUGGAUGGCUGGCCUACUGUCGACACCUGUCCACUGUGCGGACUCACCUGUCAGCUCUGGUCAACCACAACAUCGUCCCUCCAGACAGACCCUGCGAGGCGUCCGGGGGCCUCAGCAAGGAGGUGUGGAGCAAGUACCAGAAAGACUGCAAGAACUAUAAGGAGCUGGAGCUGCUAAGGCUGGUUUAUUAUGGUGGAGUGCAGCAUGACAUAAGGAAGGAGGUCUGGCCUUUCCUGCUGGGGCACUACAAGUUUGGCAUGGGCAAAAAGGACAUGAGCCAGAUCGAUGCAAAGAUCAGCGAGCGCUACCAGCAAGUGAUGCGGGAGUGGAAGGCCUGUGAGGUGAUUGUCAAGCAGAGGGAAAAGGAGAUGCAGUCGGCCAUCUUUGCCAAGCUCUCCUCAGGCAGCAGCAUUGACAGUCAUGUCCUGCGACUCGUUCACAGAGACUCCACACUCAGCAAUGAGGUGUUUAUGUCGGUGGAUGAGCCGGAUGCAGGGAGCCAGGAGACCCCCAGUGGAGAGGACAGUACCCCCACCAUGACCACCCUGGUUCCCCCUGCAGCCCUCCCCCCAGAGGAUCGACCUCUGGUGGAGUUUGACUCCCCUGACUCGGGUCUCCCUUCCUCCAGAAACUACUCAGUGACCUCUGCUCAUUCCCAGAUCCUGUCCAGCAUAGACGACGGUCAGAGCACGGAGGAGGAAGGGGGGGGCGGGGAGGAGGGCAGGACUUCGGGUGUGCUGGGGCGGCGUCAGGACUCUCUGACUGAGGACAGGCUGUGCUGUCAGCUGGACAAACUGGUGACCAAUGGAGCAGCUGCGGAGGCGAUAUCACCUUCACUCUCCUCAUAUACGAUCGAGCUGUUGGACACAGUCGCCCUCAACCUCCACAGGAUAGACAAAGAUGUGCAGCGCUGCGACCGCAACUAUUAUUACUUCACCACAGCCAACCUGGAGAAACUACGCAACAUCAUGUGCAGCUAUGUGUGGGAGCAUUUAGAGAUGGGCUAUGUUCAGGGCAUGUGUGAUCUGCUCGCGCCGCUCAUGGUCAUCCUGGAUGAUGAGUGCCUGGCGUACAGCUGUUUCACUCAGCUAAUGAAGAGGAUGAGUCAGAACUUCCCUAAUGGCGGAGCCAUGGACACACACUUCGCCAACAUGAGGUCACUGAUCCAGAUCCUGGACUCUGAGCUGUUUGAGCUGAUGCAGCAGAAUGGAGAUUACACUCACUUCUACUUCUGUUACCGCUGGUUCCUGCUGGACUUCAAGAGAGAGCUCCUGUACGAGGAUGUGUUUGCAGUGUGGGAGGUGAUCUGGGUGGCUCCCAGGAUUUCCUCGCAGCACUUUGUCCUCUUUCUGGCCUUGGCCCUGGUCACAGUCUACCGUGAGAUCAUCGUGGACAACAACAUGGACUUCACUGACAUCAUUAAGUUCUUCAAUGAGAUGGCUGAGCGUCAUGAUGUCCAACAUAUCUUGAAGAUAGCGCGUGAGCUGGUGCACAAAGUCCAGUCUCUGAUGGACAACAAGUGACUAUAGAGGAAGAGAAGAAGGAGGAAUGGGAGGAUGCAGAGGGAGAGUGUCUGACUACAGGACACUCAGCUCUUCCUCUCAUCCCUCAGAGAGUGUUUCCAGGCCUUCACCUAUCCAGAGCAGGUCCAGGGAGUCCAGGUCUCCUCCCUGCCCAGAUGAAGGCCCUGGGAGUGUGCCAGAAGUGCUUCUGGAGCGGCCUGGCUCCGGAGUGGCCGAGCUCCAGAGCGGCCUGGCUCCGGAGCUCGGCCUCGAUCUGUUUACAUUUACCUUCACAUGGAAUGCCCACGGUGUCCGUACAGACAUGUGGAUUUGUCUGCAUGCUUGUGAGUUUGAUCACACUGUGAACACAUUCUUGAGUC